AUAACAGUUUUAUCUGUGUACCUGGAAAUCAGGAAAUAUGUUGGCUAGAUAAAUUUAUAACAGGGCUAUGAACUAAAUCAUUUAUAAAAUUGGUGAAUAAAUGUGUGGCUGGAUACACUCUCCGCUUGAAUACGAUCUUGAUGACAAGAAAGCUGCGUAGAACAUUUACCACCACACGAACUUCGUUUGAAGACAUUCUUGAAACUUAAAUCUAGGAUGUCAAUUGAAGCUCAGUUGCAACAUGCCGUUAGCGUUUAGAAACUGUCAUAGAAAAAACAGUAUUGAAUUUCCAAACGCCUGGAUAAACUGAAAAAGCAAUACAUAGAUGACAAACGGCACAGAAUUAAACUAAUAGAGCGAGGAGCAGUGUCCAUUGCGAAUCUAAAUCUGACUUCACUGGAUUCCGAUAUCGUGCCAGUAUGGAUGUUUCAUAUAGAUUGUCUCAUUUCUUAGAAACAGAUUAACCGCGGAACACAGAGUGGAUGGCAGAGUAAAUGUAUCAAUGAGGAUUUCGUUAUUGGAGUACAUAUUGAUUAAAAAACAAAACAAUGGAUAACUGUGAACGGCGAUGACAGCCUUAGGAAUCACUAAAGGAUUACAACAGCUGCGGACGUCAUUACCGAGGAAAUGUAAUUGAAAACACAAGAAGAAACGAAAUGGUCUGUCAUCAUUGAUCCAGACAUAAAGUUAAUUUUCCAUUACCGAGGAAUGGGCGGCUGGCAUCCCUGCUCGUUGCCGUGUCCAGACCGUCAGGCCGCGUGUGUUCCAGGACGCCAUUUCCCCCAAACAAUUGAAAGCAUGCGAUAUAAAGAUAAUAUUCCCAUAGAAAGCAGCGUGUGAAAUACAUAUUGGUAAUAUAAUCGACUUAUUAUAUAUAGCUGGAACAGCAAAAGUAGUCUCGACGAUUUUUUACGACUGGGUCGAGGCUUUAGAAGACGUAUUAACAAAUUGUUUUUUUUCUGAUAAUUGGAAACAGUUGUGAGAAAACGUAAGAUUGUAACUGUGUGGGUUUUCGUGCAAAUGGCAGACUCCAAAUGUGGAGGAGUAAAGUAAAAGGUCAGAGGAUCAAAAGCUUGACUGUUGGAUAUCUCUGUCACUUCACUGUUCCAACCACAUAUUCUCUCACAACAGUUACAUGAGAUGUCCCUUGAAACUCCUGUGCUGAAGUAUUCAGAUCUGAUUUCGUGUAUACAUAAAUUCCACAAGGAGACAGGUACAUGGUGAUCCUAUAACGAUGGUGCCCAUGCGUGCUACGUCAUGCCAGUGUAUGUAACACGUGCCCAUGUUACCAUCGGUGACGCCAACAAGAAAAGGUCAGCGAAGAGAGGUCCCAUUGUACCUAAACACGUGUUCCAGGUUUCGGAUAUUCGCAAGACGCCAUAUUGUGCGCGGACUUUUUUUGUGACGUUCGUAGGUAUGCUUGUGGUUGCUGGUGGGAUUAUUAUGACAAUAAUUGGUUACAAGCCAGGAAUACUCUUACCCUGGUAUAGGUCGGCAAAUCAGACAAACAUCAACGUCACUAACGUAACGGAACCGUCCGCCGUUCCAUCUGUACUCGGAGAGCCGGGACCAUUACGGGUACUUGUAUAUAUUGGUCCGAUUUUGAUGGGACUUGGUGUGUUCUCCAUGAUGGUCUCAAUAGUUUUAUUUUGUGAAAUCAAAGACAGGUACUUCAAUAAUAUCAUACCAAAAACUAUGCCAGAGCAACGAAAGAAAGAAAUAAUAUAUGAUCGAAUAAUUGAGGAGUUUAGAAAGAAUUAUUUCCGAGGUAUUGAGGUCCCACUCAGACCGCCGACACGACGCAAAAGUAAAGGACGAUUUUCAUUCUCAUUGUCACCAACUGGUAGCAUUAUGUCUUUCGGUAGACGACUUUCACAUGAGUUUCAAAAACGUAAACGCAAACAAAGCAAAGAGAGUCAAACCGAAAAACCUCCUUCAACGAAAACAAGACGCUCAAUCCGUAAGUUGGUGGAGUCGGACACGUGGAUGAAGACUUCGUCUCUUCCGAACAUCCGACACAAAGACAGCUUUCACAAUCUCCAUGACAUGGAAUGUCAGUGCACGUGCGCCGAGCCUGUUGGCCGGGAAUCCCGACAGUGCUCGCGUCCACCGGAUCACAUACAGAUCGUGGACGAAAGCGGGCUGGACAACCCGGCGUACAAUGACUCACCACCUGACAAGCGCUUCCGACCGCCUCUCACUAAGCACGCAUCUCUGGAUACUCCCGGAAGGAACACUUACGUUACCACGGUGGUGGUGCACCGGGAGCUCGCUUCAAGGAUGGAGAGCGAAGGUGAUCGACGAGGAAGUAGUGUUUUACCGGAACUCCGGUGCUCUAAAUAUGACCCUGAGCUCAAAUCAAACGAUAGCGGUGAUCAAAAUGAUUCUGUGAUUGACAUUGACAAAGACAUCGACGUUCAGUUCACCAACGUACCGGACUUAAACAACGAACAGCUGUGUAGACCAGUGUUUACACGGACUAACACUAACGAGACGGACAGCGAGAUUUUACCCGGUGUCACUGAUAACAAUAUUAUGCAUAAGAUGGAGGACGUGUGCACGUGUGGGAGCCCCGGGUUCUGCCAGCAGCACACGCUGGGCAUGGACUCUGGUGAUAGCUCCCUUAGCCUCUCCUGGGACAACAUCCCGUCCUCAUGGAACGACACGCGCCGGAACACGGAACCAAUCGUUGUCUACAAGCGUUCCUUCAACAAUGUGAGUGGCUCGGCUUCCCAGCUCGGUUCCCUGCCACAGAACAUUUCCGAAGACUCGGAUGAGGGCGUCCAGAAGCCGGCAUACUCGUGGUCAUCGCCAACUAGUGUCACCGGGGAGACGGCAAACCAUUCGAGACUUCCACGCACUAACGUUCACAGAAAGAUUAUCGGACCGUUCAAAACGAAAGUGAGCGUGUUCAAAAGUGAUUCCAACUUACUACGGGUCGGCAUGUACUCGUUACUACGGCGGAAACAGGGUGAUGAUAUUUCUCUAGAGUCGCUGAAUCUCACUGAUGACAUGCUGAAAAAUUUCGAAAUGGCAGAAACUGGAUAUAUAUGACAGUAGCAUAGUCCUAGUUUGACCUCGCUUUGAUAUUGAAAUGAUCGGUGACUCGCCUCUGCUCACGUUUGUACACACUGUUAAAAUGUACAAACCUCCAUACACUUUAGUUGAAAUUCACACUGUAUGAAUGUAGUUGCUAUUGUUUAAUGUUUUUACAUGAAAAUAAAUGAGAUAGACACAGGGAUACAUGUACUUCUAGUACACAUGCCACAGGUCAA